CGGCGUUGUCUGUCCACCUUGAGCUAGAAGAUGAUUAAGUUGAGCUGUGAUCGCAUAUGCCAACUCUCCUACAGGACAGUCUAGGACCUCCGACCGGAUGUCGGCCAUGCCAUGUCAGCCUAUGUCAGCCUAUGACAGCUGCCACGUCCUCUGUUGCAUCCUGUUGCGCCGAUCGUGUACGCGCAUGUAAAGGUCAGAAACCUAUCAAAGCCUAUCAAAAUACCGAUAUCUCUCGGAACAAUUUUGAUACCCUAGCAGCAGCACCCGUCCGACAGCACUCCCCUUUCAAAGCGCGUCCAAUCACCCUCAGAAUCAUCUCAAAUUGGUCACCAGCACGCUCCGAAGAUCUCCAGGUAGUCACCUUGGUAAAUACACAGCGGGAAUAGCCCGAUAAGUUCUCGGGACUUAUGGUAGAAAUAUUGAAGACGUAUUUUAACUUUGUUUUGCAGGAAAAGCGAAACUUAUUUGGUACUUAGCGGGGAGAUAUUCUGAUCAAAUUAUC